GGCUGAGCUCCGGACCAUGUCCUCGCGCGGCCCCCGGCCCCCGCCCCGCCGCCGCCGCCCACCGCGCCCCUCCUGCUGUUGCUGCUGCCGCCGCCGCUCGCACCUCGACGAGGACACCGGUCGCUUCGUGCUCCUGGCGGCGCUCAUCGGCCUCUACCUGGUGGCGGGCGCCACGGUCUUCUCGGCUCUGGAGAGCCCGGGCGAGGCUGAGGCGCGCGCGCGCUGGGGCGCCACGCUGCGCAACUUCAGCGCGGCGCACGGCGUGGCGGAGCCGGAGCUGCGCGCCUUCCUCCGGCACUACGAGGCCGCGCUGGCCGCCGGGGUCCGCGCCGACGCGCUGCGCCCGCGCUGGGACUUCCCGGGCGCCUUCUACUUCGUGGGCACCGUGGUGUCGACCAUAGGUUUCGGGAUGACCACGCCUGCCACCGUGGGCGGAAAGGCCUUCCUCAUUGCCUACGGGCUGUUCGGCUGCGCGGGGACUAUCUUGUUCUUCAACCUCUUCUUGGAGCGCAUCAUCUCGCUGCUGGCCUUCGUGAUGCGCGCAUGCCGUGAGCGCCGCCUGCGCCGCAGUGGGCUGCUGCCCGCACCGCUGCGCCCCGAGGCCGACGGGCUGGCGGGCUGGAAGCCCUCGGUGUACCACGUGCUGCUCAUCCUGGGCCUCUUCGCAGUGCUGCUGUCCUGCUGCGCCUCGGCCAUGUACGCCAGCGUUGAGGGCUGGGGCUACGUGGACUCGCUUUACUUCUGCUUCGUCACCUUCAGCACGAUCGGCUUCGGGGACCUGGUGAGCAGCCAGCGCGCCGCCUACCGCCACCAGGGCCUCUACCGCCUAGGCAACUUCCUCUUCAUUCUGCUCGGCGUGUGCUGCAUCUACUCGCUCUUCAACGUCGUCUCCAUCCUGAUCAAGCAGGUGCUCAACUGGAUGCUGCGCAAGCUGAGCUGCGCCUGCUGCGCGCGCUGCUGCCCGGCGCCCGGCGCGCCCCUGGCCCGGCGCAACGCCAUCACGCCGGGCUCGCGCCUGCGCCGCCGCCUGGCCGCGCUCGGAGCCCGCCCCGUGCCGCGCGACCCGGACGCCGAGGGCCGCCGCCUGUCGGGCGAGCUCAUCUCCAUGCGCGAUCUCACGGCCUCCAACAAGGUGUCGCUGGCGCUGCUGCAGAAGCAGCUGUCGGAGACAGCCAACGGCCACCCGCGCGGCGCGUGCGUUCCCGCGCGCCAGAACGGCUUCUCGGGCGGCGUGGGCGCGCUGGGCAUCAUGAACAACCGGCUGGCGGAGACCAGUGCCGCCAGGUAGAGCGCUCUCCGGAGCUGGCGCUUUCUUAAUCUUUAUCCAAUAAAAUGAAACCAAAAAAAAUUUUAUUUUUAAAGAAAUGCUAUUUGGCCAGGUCCGAUGUUAUGAAGGGCAGAUUUUAGAGGAUCCUGCCUCCCUCGUGAGUCCCCUCUUGGAGAACCGCGGUCCCCAUCCAGCGGGUUCUCCAGGGAGAAAAAGUGGCACCCCAAGGCGCCCACCUGGCGGGAGCUGCAGCAGGGAGAACGCCACUCCCGGGCUCUGCAGACUGGCACCAAACCCUUUCUCAUCCUCAUAAGCAGCUGGCAACCCCAAAGCAUAUGGUGCAUCUUUUCAUGGCUCCGAAUUACCUCCGCAGCAUUUAGAAUCCUGGCCCAGCCUAGCAGCUUCCUUCUGGUCGUCAGAAGUGAGAUAGUCACAGUUUUGACAGGUGGGGGUGGGGACAGCCAUAUGUUGCCUCCCGUGUGUGUAUAUAUAGAAGAGCCACUACACACAGAGAAUGCUGUAGUAUUAUGCAAGGAGAUGAGGCAUAGCACCCACUUGCGGACUGUGGCAUUUCCCCCACAUUUGGAAAUUGCAAAUGGUAAGGGGCUUAGCUGGCCUUUCCCAGCCCAGAGAUCGCACGAUCGGCACAGCACACAGGGCGGCAACCAGCUCAGGAGGAGAGCGAGUCCUCAGGCACAGGGUCCUAGCUCUGCUUCAUCCAGAGCCCCCCAGUCCCCCCACACUUGCGAGAUCUAUCCACGCGCAGGAAUUCUCUGCAUUAUUGAUGAAACUGUGUGACACGUCUCGAACAAGAGGGUUUUUUUUUUUUUUAACUACUGUUGAUCAGUUCAACUUUUUUCCUUUUUAAAGAGCACAGCCCCCCACCCCCGUCCCUGUGAGUCAGGUUGCUGCUAACUACACCAGGAAUCCAAAGCAGCCAUCUACAAAUAUCAGGGCUUUUGGCUCCAGAGCCUGUGGAGGGCACGGAAGGACAGAAUCAAGGAGUGCAUGUCUUCAGUGCAGUCUGCAGUGGGGGUGGAGAGAGGUAGGAGGCAGGGAGCUGGCAGCCGGGAAAAGAACUUGAGGGUUAUCGUCAUGGUGUGUGUGAUCCUUAAGCUGAGGGACAGAUUCUCCUGGACUCUGCAACUUGUGGGUCUAGGGAUGGAGAAUGUGCUUUGAAACAGUGCUUUUCCACUCUUGUUUUUUACUUAAAGAAAUGUUGACCCAAAGGACACGAUGUGACCACAUUUGACAUGAAGUGUUAGAAAAGCACCAGCUUGCCUGUCUCCGGCAGUGCCGUGACCCCUCCCUCAUUGGCACUGUGUCUGUAGCACACACGCACAUGUCCACACUCACAUGCGCGUGCUCACAUGCAAACAGUAUUAAGAGUCGUGCUUGAAAGUCAAGACUCCCAAUUUACAGCAGGAGGGAAAAUGAGUUGGAGUCUCUGGGACUCUCAAGCCCCUUGGAGAUAAUUUCUAAGCAGGUUGGGAUUGUGUUUUAAACACACGAUCUGGGGUAAAGCCAGUGAGGGGUAGGCAGUAGGCUCCUGGGGGAGCUGUAGCUCCUGGACUGUGAACCCCCGUCUAAAUGGUGGCUGCAGUCACACGAAAGGGGCACACACCGGGGAGCAUGUGUCUUUAGUACAGGCCCUGUCACAGGACUUAAAAUCAAGUUCCAGAUCUAUCCCUUUAAAAGCAGGAACCACUGAAAAGCAUCCAAUUAGAGAUAUCACCUAGGCAACAGAGAGUGACUGGGGAUCUGAGCCAUCCCAAAGGGAAAGUGGAGAUCCCAUGGUAGGGGUAUCUGGACCUUGAGGACUUAGUCUGCAGGCAAAAUAGCAGCCCACCCAGGGGAAGAGAGUUGGCAACGACACUCUAGGCCUAAGGCCGAGCUCCAAGACUCCACAGCUAGACCGACAUAAUGAGGUGUUUGUGCUGCCCAGCGAGCAGCCAGCACGCAUGGCAGGCUGAGUCCGUGGGGAAGACCAGGACCUGCCUCCAGAGAAAGGCAGCAUGUUCCUUAGCUGUCUCCUCUGUCUGCCCUAAGUUGCUUAUGCUGCAACCUUAGCUGUUUUUUAUUUCCUUUCCUGCACCCUGGCUUUGGAAGGUAGCAAUGAUGGGCAGUUUGAGCAGGCUUCUAACAGAACCAUAGCAUGGUUUGAAUCCCACCUCCCUUCCCUUUGACAGUUUCCUAGAGAAAUGCUAGUCCUCUAAGACAGAAUGAUGGCUCAGGAUUCAGGGUCACAUGAGCAUUUGUGUCUACAUUCCCCUGGUCCCCACCCCAACCUCAGUGGCACUGCCUACUACAGCAUACUGUCAUCCUUCCCAGAAGGCCUGGGGUACAGUUCCCAUGAACCCUGACGUCCUGGGUCAGGAGACUUAUGAGCUAUAAGGGACAGAUAGUUUGGCCCAUGCGUGAGGGUAAGCACUGAGAAGGGAUAGGUCCCUUCCAGCAUCUGGAGACCAGUGACAUUGACAGAGACCCUAUGCAGGUCCUUCAGAACCUCAGGCUAAGAAGGCCUCCAUUUUCCCAGCUGCCAACGCCUCCCCCACCACCAGGGAGGCCUCUAGUUGACCACAGCUGGUAGCUAACUGCAGCCGGCAAAUUGCUCAGCUCGCAGAGCUGCUCCCCCACUUCAGGCCCAUUCCCUACCACAUGCCGAGCCUAUGGCUGCCAUAAAGCAGUGUGGUCCCAAUGCGCUCUUACCACCCAGCUGCGGCUGCACAGGAGCCAGGGUGUUCAAACUAGGCCUUUGCAGGGUUGAGCGGGCAGGUGAAGGGUCAGUCUCCUCAGCCUCAGAGUAAAGCCUGAGGCCCCAGGCCUGGGGAAGGAUCCAAAGGCUCAGGAGGUCUUAGGCCCUCAGCUGGUGGAAAGUAUCACAACCAGGCAUUUAUGCAGCAUCAUGGACAAGCAUGCACACGUGCACACUGCAGCCUUACCAAGAGCUCCCAGGCCUCUUCCCCCUAGACAAUCCUAGUCCAGGACACUUGAAGAAGAAAGAUGCCAGCCUUGUGUAUUGGUGCAUGCCUAUAAUCCCCAACUAUUCAGGAGGCUGAGGCAGGGUAUCACAAGAUGAAGGCCAGCCUGGGCAACUUAGUGAGACUCUGUUUCAAAAUAAAAAGCAAAAAGGGAUGGGAAUGUGGCUCAGUAGUACAGUGCCCCUGGGUUCAAACCCCAGUGCCACAAAAAAACAAGAAAGGUUUCUCAUGUUUCACUUUCCAGAGUUUCUCAAGGGCCUUGGGGAGCUUUUGUGUUUUACCUAGAAGCCAUCAGCUGUACCCCAAGUCCAACCCUGAAAAAAAAUCACUGCUCCAGGCCUCAGGAGCCUCUGUCCCUUAGACAGACCCCCAGAAAACCCCGCUUUCCACAGCCUCUGGGGCAAGGAAGGGGUGCUAAACCCCCGACCUGGAAGAAGCUUCCAGGGAGCUGAGGCAGACCUAAGCCCCCUGAAGGGGCGGCCACAGGAGGUGAGAGGUGAGCUUUUCUGUCUUACUGUAACUUUUUACUCUUAAAACACAAAAAGCACAAUUCUCCAUUCCAUCUGGAAAUCAUGUCUGGAUAGCACCUUGGGCCCUUCUGGGUCCUGAAGAGGCACCAGGUCUUUGUCAUCUGUCGCAGCAGUGGUUGUGUGGUGUAACUACAACCUAACACUCCUGAAGGCUGCUGUGCUGGGUGGGAUGGGGUGGAACCCUGCUGAUGCCACUUCUGAGCCCCAAAAGGCUCAGCAACAUGGAUUGGGGCCUGGACUCUUGGCGUGGAGCAGCUGUCCACCCUCAGACUCCUGGAGCAGCUGUGCCAUGGAAAACGAGCUUGGGCACUGACCUGGCCGAGCCUGCCUCCCUACAGAAGCUGGUCCUGGCUUUAUGACUCUCACUCAGGAUGGGGGCUGGAGCAUGUGGCAAGCCUGCGGGGGUUCUGGAAUGGCAGGUGGUUCUUUUCCAAGUGACCCUUCAAGAGAGGGCUGGAAGGGUGAUUCAACUAAGGAUGAAUAAAAUGCAGCCUGCCACCCCC